GGCUUCACCAGCGAAAAAGGAGAUCAGAAAGGACACCCGCUCAGCGCCCCCGGGGAAAUGAUCCUCAUGGUCGGCUAUGAAAGUCUCUAGCUGCAUCAGGAAUUCAGCCAGCUGCAGCUAACUCGGGUCGGGAAAAUGCGACAGCGACUGCCCACUCGAGGUCGUCAUGGCGACAGCCAGUGAACGUGUUCCUCUCCUCGGGCAGGCCCCCGAGUGUAGAGGAGCUGCUUCGCGAGGCGCAGCUCAAUCUCCAGAGCCUGUUGCAAGGUACUGAGAGGGAGGGGGGCUGCGGCCGGAGCCCACGGGACAGAUGCAUAGCUUCUGGAGGGAGGCGACGAAGAAAGAGGACAGGGACUCGCGAGAUAAAGAGAGAGAAUAGUAGAAAACCUAUUGAGAAACAAAACACACACUUUCCAUCUCUCACCUUCCAGACUACUGACUCCAAAAGCCCUAAUUCUACGGCUGUUUACACCCUCUGGUCCCCCUCCCUCAUUUUUUUCAGUUCAGUAGUCUCUGGGGGAAAAGGGACAGAGGCCGAGGCAGGGCCAUGGGUCAAGUCAUUUACAAAGAGCGCUGGAUGAGAGACUACCGCAAUAUGGGCUCGCAUACCCUCAGGCCUUCUCUUGCAACAUCACCCAAGUCUUUGGAAUCCCGGCGCCCAAAGACAAAAGAGGCAUCUGCAGGGUCUCCCACUCUGGGCUUCACUCACUCUGCUCUUGCAAUAACCUUGUCCACAUAUCUCCUGGGUCGCUCCUGCCUCACCAAAGUAAGCCCAAUACACAGCACUCAGAGCUCACCUCAUCCCCAAUUCCCAACCCCAUGUCUCUGAAGUAUACUGAUGAGCACCUUGUACACAAAGCUGGGUCCACACAACCCAGAGAAACAGCCCAGCCAUAAUGCCUGAGCAGUCAGAUUGCCUGCACCAGGCAGAAUGAGAAAACCGAGACUUUGAAAUCAGACAGAGUCAGAAUCUAAUUUGAAUCCCACACCUAACUAGCUGUGUGACAUUAUGCAGAUUACCCAACCUCUCUGAGCUUCAGAUUAGUCAGUCAUCUUUAAAAUGGGGAUUCCACUUCCCCACAUGGCAUGAUUUUGUGAGAAUUAAAAAUAGGGUGUCCACAAACUGAUUAGCAAGAGUAUCUUGCAGCUGGAGAGACCCAGAGAAGAUGCAACAUCUACUCCCAGUCUGUGUCCUUUGGAACAUAGGCUGAUUUAGACACAAUAUUAAAAUUAAUGUAAAAGAAAAAAACAGUUGUGGUCCCCGAUAGGACCUUACAGUGUGAAGAACAUACACAUUGACCAGAGGGAUUUAUCCAGUGUAAGUGGCAAUAGGAUUAAAACUCAGUGCUAUGAGAGAGACUAUUGGGGUGCUACAAAUAUCUGGAUGGCAGUUACAAGGGGCAUGAAUAUGUCAGAAUUCACUGAGCUGCACACUUAAGAUUUGUGCACUUUAGGCAAGUUAGAUCUCGAGAAAAUAAUAUAAAUAAAACCCCAGUGCUAGUCACAAGCUCCUUACACCCUCCAGGCACUCACUCUCCCAUUCGGGCCUCUUUUCCAAGCCUAAAAACCCUUACUCCCUCUUCCCCACUCCAAUCCUUACACUUUCUUCCAAGUUCUAUUCUUGCCACAUCGAAAAAGACCUUUAACACUAGUUCUGCACUUUGCAUCAUUCCCUCCCUAAGCACUCAUACGAGGCCCUUUGUACCAUCCAGCUCAAGAGGACUUGUAUAGUUCCGAACUGAUUUUUCUUUCAUUUGUUCAUUCAUUUACUCAUUCAUCUACUAGUCCCAGGUAUAUAUUUUGUCCACCUAACCAGACUGGGCUUCUGAAUGUAAAGGAUCACAUCUCUUACUACUCUCCGGUUUCCAGAAGCACCUGGCACAGGGCUGGAUCCCCAAGAGGACAUUUGCUGAGUGAACAUUAAAAGUGAAAAGAGGUCUUAUUAGCUGUCAUUUAUCCAUACCAACAAAGGGUAACUUUUACGGAGAACAGAAAACUGCAGAGGGGCCACCCAACUGAACAACGGCCAUGACCCCACCUCCCUGCCAGGGCAGUGGCAAGCUUAGAGAAGCAAGAUUCUAAGGGACACCAUGAGCCUCGUGUUCAGAUAAGAGAGGAGCUGCUAUGCAGAAAGAAAGAGUCAGUGUGCUCUGUGUUGCCACCAUGGGCAGAAUGAGGACACGUGGGUGGAAACCUAGGGGGAGGCCAAUUUACCUCAAGAUAAGGAAGAACUUUCCUGACACGCCUGAAAGCCCCAACUGUCCUUGGAUGGAAUGAGCCACCUUGGGAGGAAGGCUUCUCCCCUCCUCUGCAGGCAGGUGUGUGUGGAGGCUGAAGAAACACCUGGAAGGGAUGCUGAGGAAGCCGGAGCCCAGAAUGGGAUGUUGGACCAGAGAACCCUCGAGGCCCCUCCUGACCCCAAGUUUCUAUGAUUCUUCAAAUCUCUGUUCGAAUGUGCAGAGUCCUGACUGUUCUUUAGUCUCACUUCCUUCACUCGUUGAAUUCAUCACUUAAAUGAAACCCCUUCAAAUCUUCUGCAUCCUUCUUAUUCCCCAACGAUGCCCCCGAACUUCUCCUUCCUCCUCCGCCACUACCUCCACCUUCCCUCUCCUUCCUGGACCUGAUAUGCCCCCCACAGUGGGACUAAGGUGCAGGGAACCGAGCCCUCAGAGGCUCAGGUAAGAGUUCUCAGCAUCCAAGGGAGCAUUCCAUGUUGGACUUCCCAACGCAAAUUUCUUUGUGCUUCACACAGGUCAUGUCCCUGGUAGGGUUGCAGAAAACCUGAAGAGAUGCAGGACUUCAAAGAGAGAAUCUUGCAGCAGAGAGUAGCAAAAGGCGUCUGCAUCCUGAGCCUCUUUCCUGAGUUGAGCACUUAAGGUGGGGGCCAUGGAGACAAAGGCUUGGUCCCCGAACCAGCACAACUCAAAUCCAUUGACUCUCUUUUCUCCUCAUAGGAAGUAGGCAUUUUUCCAUUCCCAAAUGGCUCAGACGCCGGGAACUAUCCUAAAGAAGCAAUGAGAGUCAGACCUGGCAGCUAGAGCAGGAGCCCCAAGCUCAUGGUCCUUCCCUGGCCCACCGCUUGGCCGUGGCUCUCUAGAGUGUGUAUCCACUGUGCUGUUUUUCAGAAGAAUAUGAGGAACAGUACUCGGAGGCCAGACUUCUGGGGCAGACCUUCCGCUCUGCUGAUGAGGCCCCUGAGCCCACUCCCAGCCCAAGGCCCCAGUCUGCCAGGCGUCUGGAGUUUGUACUGAUGCCCACAAAAUGGCAGCUGAGCGAGGAUGAGACUACCAUGCAGGGUGUGAGGGCCCCUGAGGCCUCCCUGAGCCUGCCUACCGCAGCCGACAAGCAAGCUGUCUGGAAUAGUCCCUUCCCUCUGCCCGUCCUAGAGGAGAAGCGAUGGCUUCAGCCUUGUCCCACGCACUCUGACAUCGUGCCCAUCAAUGUCUCCGGGCAGCAGUUUGAUAAACAUGCAAGUUUGCGACACUCGUUGUUUAACACAGAGACAGCCGUGAACCCCAAGUCCACCCUGAGGCGGAGGCGGACCAUUAUUGGAUUCUCUAACUAUUCCCAGCGAGACCAAGGUCACAGCAACAGCCCCACAGGCAGUGUGGCCUGCUCUACCACCUCAGACAUCAAGCCCAGCCAUUCAGUUCCAGGAGGUGUUCACGGAAGAGUUGCCAUCAGUCAGGAAGCUCAGUUACCAAAUCUCACCUCGCCAGUAUUGAGAAAUCCUUCUAGCGAUCCGGAAGAACCUCUCCAGGCACGUGGUGGCACAAAAGUCCCUGGCAUGGAGAGCAUGGGGAUGGUGUACAGCGUCCCCAGUUCUUGCAAUGGACCAACAGAAUCAACGUUCUCCCCUUCCUGGAAGGGAGAUGCUUUUACCUACGUGACUCCAAGUGCCACUGCUCAGAGCAGUCAAGACAAUGAAAAUGGAAAAAGUCCUUCCUCUGGGAAUUCUUGGAUCUCUCUGCACACAUUGCCACCUCUGGUUCCUAAGGAGGCUGCUACCUUCUUUGUCACUCGUGAUACCCCAGCAGGAUGCAGUGGGUCUGCUGGCUACUCUGAGCAUUCUACUCAACGAAGGCACGUAUCAGAACGACCCUCCAAGAUUGGCCUCCUGACUGGUGAUACCUCAAGGCUGGAGACAGGCCCAGGUGGGGCCAGCAGGUUUCGGGAGCGGUCACUGUCUGUACCCACAGACACAGGCACCACGGAUGUGGACUAUGACGAGGAGCAGAAGGCCAGUGAAGCCUGUGCCCUGCCUUAUGCCAGUACAAGUUCUGAGGGCAGUAACAGUGCCGACAACAUUGCCUCCCUUAGCGCCCAACAGGAGGCCCAGCAAAGAAGGCAGAGGUCCAAGAGCAUCUCACUCAAGAAGGCCAAGAAGAAGCCUUCCCCACCGACUCGCAGUGUCUCACUGGUCAAAGAUGAACCAGUCCUCUUGCCAGACGGUGGGUCAGCGCUACCCAAGGACCAGAGGCCCAGGAGCCUUUGCCUCUCCUUGGAACACCAAGGACAUCACUCAUCCCACCCAGAUACUCAGGGUCACCCAGCUGUGCCAACCUUCAAAGACCCAGAAGGUACACAAUUCGCCCACCACUGGUAUCUUACUGACUGGAAGUCUGGUGACACCUACCAAUCCUUGUCCAGCUCCAGCACUGCCACUGGCACCACAGUCAUUGAGUGCACCCAAGUUCAGGGCAGCUCAGAGUCUCUCGCCUCCCCUUCCACCUCCAGAGCCACAACGCCUUCCCAGCUUUCCAUCGAGGUGGAGGCCAGGGAGGUAUCCUCCCCAGGAAGGCCCACUGGGCUGAUGUCACCCUCCAGUGGAUACUCCAGCCAGUCAGAGACACCAACACCCACUGUCUCCAUGUCCUUGACCCUGGGCCACUUGCCCCCUCCAAGUGGCAGUGUCCGGGUGCGUCCAGUGGUACCUGAGAGGAAGUCAUCACUACCCCCAACAUCACCAGUGGAGAAAAUGUCCAAGUCACGGCUAUCGUUUGACCUACCGUUGACCUCUUCAACCAACCUGGACCUGUCUGGGAUGAGUAUCUCCAUCCGAAGCAAAACCAAGGUGAGCCGGCAUCACUCGGAUACAAAUUUUGGGGCCAAGCUGGCCCAGAAAACUAGCCCCAACCAGCCAAUCAUGCCCAUGGUUACUCAGUCUGACUUACGUUCUGUUCGCCUGAGGUCAGUCAGCAAGUCUGAACCGGAAGAUGAUAUUGAGAGCCCUGACUAUGCUGAGGAGUCAGGAGCUGAAGUCUUCACCUUGCCAGAGAGAAAGGCAAAACCUCCCAUAGCCGAGAAGCCCCCACUGGCCCGAAGGCCUCCAAGCUUGGUCCACAAGCCACCGUCUGUCCCCGAGGAGUACCCACUAACUUCGCCUACCUUGGCUAUGACCCCCAAGACCUCAAUUCAACAUAUGAGGCCACUCCCUCAAGAUAUAUACACGGUGGUGCGGAAACCAAAGUCCUCCAGCUUCCCUGAGGGCAGAACCCUGGGGGAGUCAACAGCACCCUCAUCUCUUGUUUUCACGCCUUUUUCCAGUUCCUCUGGUGCUUUCUUCUCAGGAACACAGCAACCUCCCCAGGGAAGUACGGAGUAUGAGGGCCCCAAGGGGAGAGCCCUACCUGAAAGAAUUAGCCUCCAGAGCCAAGAAGAAGCUGAGAAAAAGAAAGGCAAGAUUCCACCUCCUGUACCAAAAAAGCCCAGCGUGCUGUACCUGCCUCUCACCUCACCUGCAACUCAAAUGGAGGCCUACACGGCUGAACCAAGGCUGCCUCUCAGCCCCAUCAUCACCCUGGAGGAAGAUGCCAAGUGUCUACCAACUAGCGACCACCUGCCAUCGGCGGGUACAAGGACAACCUCCACGCCACAGGCUGACAGUGAAAGGGAGGCAAGCCCUCUGGGGAGCUCGAUGGAACCAAGAACCGAAGAAAAAAGUAUAAUCAGUGAUAAAACAGCCGAAUGGAUUGCGGAAGAAGAUGAUGAUGUGUUUGUGGCUUCACGAACAACUGAAGAUUUAUUUACCGUGAUCCACAGGUCCAAAAGAAAGCUGCUUGGCUGGAAGGAGCCUGGUGAGGCCUUUGCUGGUGGCAGCAGACCAACCUCCCACUCACCAAUAAGGAACACGGCUGAGUCUCCUAUCAGUGAGUUGGCUGCCUCUGCAGGGUCAAGCGGCAGUGCCAGCCUAGAUGCUGGCAGAAAUGAUGAUUUCAAGGCCUUGCUACAGAAGAAGGGAAGCAAGGCAACUCCAAGGUCCCGCCCCUCAGCAGCAGAACUGCUGAAGACCACUAACCCACUGGCACGGCGAAUUAUUGCACAAUUUUCAAAAGACUACGAAACCCCUGAUAACCCCAGUACCUAAGCCCUGGGUUCAGCAAGCAAGGUUGAGUUACUAAGCUUGAGUAGAAAAGGGGGAAGAGAAAAAGGGUUUUAAAAAGGAACCAUGGAAAUAACAAAAGAGCCUGCAUUUCUUUUACAUUAACUCACACUCUGGACAACAGGAGAGAGGCCACAUCCAGAACUAAAAUCAUCAGGCACUUUAAUCAUCUUUAGACAUUUUAUGUUCUCAUACUUACAAUCUUGCCAUUACUAACUACCGAUUUUCUCCUUGUUUCCCCCACGUGGUAUGCACUCAGAAGAAAUUCUCAGAUGCAAGGGCACAUACGCCAUCUUUUAAAUCAAUGACCAGGCUGCUCCAUCCCUGGCUCCUAUCACUGAGGGGCACAGUGAGAGAGCAGAUUGGGGGCUGCCAAACCCAGGGGACACAGGGUGCCAUUGCUGAUUAUUCACUUUCCCAGCAAGGCCCUGAUGGCCCUGCAUGGAGAAACGGAAGGACCCUGAUGCCUCUUCAGCCACAGUAUAAUUCUCCGCCACAAGAGGUUUGCAGGUGUGCACUUGUUUCGGCAUGAGGUUGAUUGGAUGGCUUUUGUCGUGCAGAAUAUGAAUGUGACUCUGUCCUGAACUUCACACCUUUUUCAGUUUGAUUGUCUACACGGAGAUCAGGGUGAUGAGUUUUAGUAAACAUAUAGACCCCCCCCCCUCCCCACCCCCCUUUGCUAGAAAAGGUCAGGACUGGGUUGCUUUGGAUGAACCAAGCUUGGCCAACAAACAAGGCAGCCGUUUGUUCACUCAGAUCUAUCCAAGGUAACUCACAUGUGCGCCUUGAGAUCCUUCAAAUGUCUGCCAACAACGGCAGCUAGUGUCUGUGCCCAGCUCAUGCUGCAUUCGAAGAACUCUCGCUUCAUUUGCUUAUAGUAUUCAUUACAGGAAGUCUUUAGCUGAAGGAACAGCAUCCUCAAAGUCCCAAGGAGGAGAGAAAGUAAGUGUAACUUGCCCACCACCAUUCACUUCAGAUUGUGGUUUGUGGUUGGUUUGGUCUUGUUUAAAGGAAAUCUUCCUCUGUUUCCAAACCGAGAACGUAUAGACUAAAAGGAUAGAUCCAAAAUCUGAAAGGCAGCCUUGCAAGUUGCUAUGGCCCAUAACCCAAAAAAAGGGCUACUUUUUGCCGUUUACUUUCUGCUGUUUGACCAAUUUUCAAUUAACCUUCUGGGGGAGAAUGUAAGGACUGGGGUAAAUGGGAUACUGGAUGCUGACAGAGUCCCAGGACAGUCAUUGUGACCCCUUCUCCCCACCCCCUGCCAAAGCUUAUAGACACUAACUUUCCUUGUCAGUUCAAUUUUCUAAGCAAAGCAAGAGCCGUGAUUCAUUUGAUUUUCAUAUGUCUGGUUUCUGGGAGGUUGGGGGGAAAAAAUAGCACUGAACAAAGAAAACUGGCUGACUAAUAAUGGAGGAUUAAUUGUCCACCAUUCCCAAGAGGGAAAAAGGAAAGUCAAAUGAAAUUGUAGCCUGCUUCACAAAGAGAGUCCCCUGACCUCUUCCUCCUUCACCCCCCACCCAACAGAUUCAUUGGUCAACCUCUUGGAGGAUGUGGAAACUGCUCCCAGAGACAAGCAGAUCUUGAUUUUGGCAGGUCUCAAUAAGAAGCAAGCUCUUUAGCCCAACUGCCCACACAGCGGAAGAGCAGCUGGAAAACCACACUGAGUGCUGAGGGGACUUGGGCCUCUCACAUAGAACCCCUAGGCCUGGGCCCUUGGUUGGUACAGUUCUGAAUUCUAGACUUCUGAGUACAGGCCAGGCCCAGCACCUCCCCCUGAUUUAGACAGAAGCCACCUCAAAUAAUAGACAGCUCUUGAAAGCCCAGUUGCUUUUGAAAGUGAACCAACUAUUUAGUUCAAGGGUCCUGACCAAAUUUCAGAGGUUUUGCCUGAAAUAAAAUAAGAUUCAUUCCUGGCCUUAAUUUAUAUAUGAAUGCCACACACUUGUCUGCCCCAGACUCAGAAUCCCAAAGGAUGGAAACAUUUUCCUCUGUGGGGAAAUGAAGGAGUGUUUGUGCUUUUGCCUAACAAAAGUGAAAGGCUGCCGGGGCCCUCUACUCCAGAACCAUUAUGAGCUCUAAAGCAGAGUAUAAGACUCACACAGUAUAGGACUUGUUACUUCCGCUAACUUUUCUGGAAGCUUCUUGUUUGGUACUUCUAGUGGGUUUUGCCUCUCCCCUCACCUUGCCACCUCUGGUGGUUUUCCAGAAAGAUUCUAAAGCUGAAUAUCCAGACACCUUGAUGUCUUUCAAUUACCUUGAGUCUUGUUUUCCCCUGCAAUACUCCGUAUGCCUGGAAUUUUUUAGAAGGUCUUCUACAUCUUCACUAUGGCCCUCCAAUGCCCAGUGGUGUUGCCAUUAGCAUAAGAGGAUUCGGGGCAGAGAUGAUGUGGGCAGAGGUAACACUGAGGACUGGUAAUAUUCAUUUAAUAUUUUGCAACAGGUGGACCUAGUCCCAAACAACCAACCAAAUUGUAGAAUUUCUACCAAUCUCUGAUUAACAUAAUGCCAGACAACUCUCCUAGUCCUCACACUCAACAUCUCGCCUCCCCUUGGGUAUCAUAGCACCAACUCUGUCUUCCACCCAGGCACAAGCCACAGUGUCUGCUGCCUCGUGCACCUACUCUGCCAAGGCUGGAGAAGAGAGGCUGAAAGCCCCUUCCAGGAGGCCUUUCAGAGAAGCGACUGUUGCCGCUAUUACUAGUGUGAAGAGUGAUAACAAUUUUUGAAGGUGGAAUACAGAAGGGAUACAGGUGAAAUGAAGUUGGCCCCAGGAAGUCAGGUUCCAAUUCAAGUUGUUUCUGUCCCUCUGUUUCCUCUGAUUCUAACCAAUAGCAGCAGGUGGCUCUACUGGACUGACUUCUGCCUAGGCAGGAGUAGAUGCAGUCGUCCCCAGGGGAGGAGGUUAAUCGGUAGCUAAGAGCACUUUGCCCUUGGUGGGUGUUCAUUAUGUAUUUGUGGUUCAAACAUUGAGGGUAGGGAGCAAGUCGUUCUCAGCACAACAGGAAGCUUCGCUGCUGUCUCCUGUCCUUUGCCUGUCUCAGUCUCUCACCUGGGCCUCCCACAUGGCCCCAACUUGCCCCUCAGUCCCUAUUUCUUUGAACUGCAUCCCUAGCCGACAGCUCACCCUUUAAGGACGCAAGACCGCAGGCAGCAAAAUAGCUUGCAUUAGCUUACUGACCACAGAUUGACCAGUUGAUCUGGAAUCAUUACUUUGAAUGUGCAGAGACAGAGGAGAAUCUGCAAGGCUCUCACAAGCACGUCACCGGACACCCAUUUUAACUCUCCGACAACGUGGGUCAGAUUGUGAUCCCGCUGGACCCAUCAGUCUGAGCAGAUAUGUCCACGCCACCUGCUCUCUUCCUCAUCAACAAACUACUUAUUAAAAAAACAAGUUCACAGUCAGUGCUCUGUUCCUCCAGAGGACCUUCCAUUAUCAUCAAGUCUGUAACACAAUGGCCAGGCUUCACUUUAAUAUGAUUUGCCAGGGCCAGGACUAGAGCGGGGUGAGUGAGGUGCCUGGGGUGCAAAAUUUAAGGAGGCACCCACUCUCAGGGCCAUGUUAGUGCCUUACCCUCGUCCCGGCCUUGCGAUUUGCACUCUAUAAAGUAAUAUUGGUUUAUCUUC